AUGUGCAGAAGCUCGAUCAUCCUCUGUCUGGAUGUGCCACCUGGCAGCGAGCCUGAAGGUGACCUGGCGCUGAGCGGACGGAGCGACGGGGCGGCGCCUGUGCCAGAAGGUCUGGAUGUGCCACAUGGCAGCGAGCCUGAAGGCAACGAAGGUGACCUGGCACUGAGCAUACGGAGCCACGGGGCGGCGCCUGUGCCAGAAGGUCAGGAGAAGAGUGAGGCUUCACCAACUGCCUUGCCUGGAGGUGAUUUGCUCAUCGACGGCUGUGAGUCGCAGGACAAGGCUCCGUGCACGGAGUUGGACGCCGAACGCGAGAUUCUGGAAGCUGCAGCUACGCAGUCUCUGAAGCUCUCGCAGGGCCCGCAGUCCCUGAAGCUGUCGCAGCAGAGCUCGCACUUGACCGAGCUGGUGUCCGAAGGCGCAGGACCUUCGAUGCUGGCGUGUGAAGAGAAGCCGGACGCCAGCAUGGCCUGGCAGGCUGGGGAGCUCGUGGCCACGCCCCAGGUGAGCCAGGAUGUUGACCAAGCACUCCCCCAAGGAGGUGCCGAGGAACCUCGACCGAGCACCUUGCAGGAAUGGCGGGCCUAG